CACGCGCUUUUCCGCUGAUUCAAGCUACGCUGCGGGAUGAAAGAUAGCGCUGCAGUAUACAUCGCGAGUUUAUCUAACGAGCGGCCAAUUAACGCGCGCAUACACAAAAUCUAGGAUGUCCGUCACGGCAUUAUAUAUCGGCGAGUUCCGUUCCUUGCGUGUACUCGACGAGAAGCACUCCUCCUCUCUUUCUCGCAUGCUCGCGCUUAUAAUGUGUGUAUGUGUUAUUUGCAGCGGCAACCAUGUGUGCGUCGUAUCUAAGCGUACGCGGUCCCGUUUCCUCGAAACUUUCUCGCAGAUUGCCGCUGCACACCGAGAGAUCGCCGCCGCCGUCGCUGCCGUCGUCGCCGUCGAGCUUUGGUGUCGUUCCUUAGCCAUUUUCAAUGAUGAAGAUGCUGGCAGGUGUUGAGGAAGUGAGUGACGAGACACUCAAAAGCCUCAGCACUAAUCAUCACACACACAACAAUAACAACGUAAAUGAGAAACUUAAGUUAUACGAGGAAUCCGAUCACGACGUUCAGGAACCAUUAGAAGUAAUGCUUCAUCGUCCAAAGGAGCUGGCUGACUCGCCCAUCAAAGGUCCAGUCACCGCUGAAGAUGAAGAACGCAUGAGAGUACUGCUACCGAUACACCUUGCUCCGAAAUAUCUACAACACAACCCGUUCAUACUUCACGGGUACAGAGGAUAUCUGACUACCAAACUAUGCAUCGAAAGCAUAUUCUGGUGGACAAACGAAACAAUCAACAUUUGGAGCCACAUUCUUGGCUUUGUGCUCUUUUGCGGAUUAACCUUUUACGAUCUUUAUAUCGUGAAUAUCACUGCCCCCUUCGGCGAUAGAGUGCUUUGUUGUCUACUUUUGUUAUGCUUCCAAGCCUGUAUGAUUCUCUCAUCCAUAUACCAUACGUUCUCUUGUCGGAGCGAAAAGGAUUAUUUCUACUUCUUGUCGUACGAUCUGCUAGGAGUAGCUCUUAGUUUAUUAUCUAUUUACAUGUCUGGAGUUUAUUAUGCGUUUUGGUGUCAUAAGCAACUCCAACGAUUCUAUUUAGUGACAGUGUUAGCUAUUUUCAUCCUGGCGAUGAUGGUGCAACUGCCACGCUACAAAGUAAACGACAACGUAAGACUGGCAGUAUUCGUCGGCUGGGCCGUCUAUGGAGUUAUACCUACUUUGCAUUGGAUUAUUGCCAUGGGUGGAAUGGAGAAUCCUAUGGUGGCUUUGCUUGUGCCACGUGUACUGGGCAUGUACUGCAUCAGUGGGGCUGCCUUUUUCAUAUACUUCAGCAAGAUACCGGAGCGUCUUUGUCCUGGCUGGGUAGACUACGUAGGCUCGUCUCAUCAAUGGUGGCACAUAUUGGUCGUGGCUGCUCUCUAUUAUUGGCACAACACAGGCAUGAUGUACGUCGAAUACCGUUUGAACAACGGCUGCGUAGGAUUGAGCCAAUUAUGACAUGAGGCCGAUGACGAUUCGUUGUCUGCUCCAGCGGUGUUUUCCAUGGACUGCGCCUGCGAUAUGGAGAAGCGAUGGACGUCAUCGUGGUACAAUGAAGCAGUUGCACCGUUCUACGCUUAUCAAGGUGCUCUCAACUGCCUUAUCAAAAAUCCAUUCGAAGUUUACGCCCAACUGAAGAAGCUGUGAAUCCAGCGCUGAAAAUAAAAGAUGUAUUUUAUUAGCAAGUGAUUACUCUCGCGACAGAACGCUUUUAUAUUUAUUAUGCAGUUUUUGCUGCAAUGCUGAUGGUGUUGAUUACCAUGUUUAUGUGCGCGUAAGUGAUUAAUAACUCCCAAAUAAAUUAUUACGAGUUUUAUGCAUUGAAUCUCUCGACAUUUUAUGCAGAAGACUACUGCAAUUUGAAAGAUUAAAAAAAAUCUGAUUCCUUAAUUUUAUUUUAUUUUAUGUUUUUUUUUUAUAGCAGCAUAUCAUAUCAUUGUAUAUAUAUAUAUUAUGUAUAUUUUUUUAUACUGCUAUUUUGUAUAUCAACGUAAAAAUCAAGUAAAACCUUGUUGAAUUUAAAAAGUAUCAGAUUUAAAAACUAAAUCAUAGUCUUAUCAGCUAUUAAUUCUAAGGUUGUAUGACUUAGCUAUGUUUUGUUUAAUAUUAAGUAAUUAGUUCUAACUUUGCAUUAAAACAUUCUAUUUAAGAAAUGUAUAUGUUAAUAAUCGCGUGAACAUAUCUAAACCGUCUAUUUCAGUAUGUUGUGUUUUAGGACAUAAAAUAAUUUUACUAUACUGGAACUUGUUGAUUUAUUUAAUUUUAUAAAUUCUAAUUGUUCUUCGUUAUUGCAUGAAUAUGUAUGAAGUCUUUAGAGACACUUUCAUAUGGUUCGCUAUAAAAAUUGUUCACGCGACAUUGUCAAAGCAUGUAAUUCAAAAAUUGAACAGAUAUACUGUAAGAAGUGAAUUGCAAAUUCAUGUUAGUCAUUACUAAAUGGUUUCAAAUAUUUUGCCUCGAAUAGGUAAUUUUUAUAUUAUUUAUUUUUAUUGCUUAAACUUUACACCUUUCAUUUUAUUUUUUUUUAACUUUAAUUGUACGCGUUAGGGGUAUAGCGUGCGGACAAUUGUGCACGGUUUUAUUAUACACACAAAUUAUUGUACACAGUCAUGCUGAUUCGUGUUAUGUUAUUGUGCACAAUAGUUUAUGUGUACAAUAAAACCGUGCACAAUUGUCCGCGUGCCAACGGCAUCAAUAUAUCUCGGAUUCAAUAGUGUUGUUAAAAAAUUAGUUUGUCCUUCAUAUCCUAUGAAAAUCAUUCAUAAUAAAAAACAAAAACAUUUAUUUAUAUUCUUAACUUUUAUAAAAUACAUCGUUACA